AUGCCCUUCGCGGCAAAUGUUGUACAGAAUACCAAUGAUCAUAGUCACACUGGUGAUAAAGGCAAUGAAGGCGACAUUGUGAAGGUGGGGGAAGGCGUGAGUUUACAAUCGAGUACGUUGGACAUCGUCAAAUCAGUUGGUGAGGGAAGCGCCGCGGGUGAGGCUCCAGGCACUUCUUUUCGCACCAUUGCGGCUGGUGCGAUGGGUAGCCGUGCGAAAGGCGCAUGGGAGGUAACAUCAACUUCAGGGAAACCCACGACAAGUUCAGAAAAAGGCGACACGGCGGGCUUUGCGGAGUCCCCAGGGAAUAAUCCCAACUUUCUUAGGUCGCCACUUCAGCGUGUGUUAGUGCCGAAGACGAGUUCGAGAGGAACAAAUAGACUCGACGGCAGGAACCCAUUGGGGGAAGGUGCGGUGCGCAAAGAUGGUGACAAGUCCAGUGGUAGUUGUGUUAAACCAAGCGUCAAUGGUGACAACAAAUGUGAUACUAUUGGGAGUCUUGCACGCCGUGCACCACCAGGGCUUACGAUGGGACGUAGCGAACUUGGCAGUGCGAGGGAUGAGUGGCCUGUGCAGUCUCCAAGAGGCGUGUGGCCCCAUCCAGCGCUCAGUGGUAAAAGUAGUCCAAACUUUUAUGGGAGCCCCGUGAAUACUUCGACACGGGCUCCCUUUUUUUCACCACUGCCGGCUGCUGCUCUUCCCCCUAGUAACACAGUUCCUGGCACAUUAAAGCGUCAACUAUACAAUGUAGAUACCGCGAAUGAGGAAAUGAUGAUGCCGAACAACAGUUUCGCCAGUACCAUCGUCACCAGUGGUAGUCGAUGUGAUAAUAGAGACCCUGCCUUUUCGGAUUGUGGAGAAGCUGGAAUCUUUACGCCUAAGCGUGUGGGACGUGAUUCAAGGUCAGCGACACCGACCCGGUGGUAUAACACAUCAUUUCAUGGUAAUUAUGCGGGAGGUCCCAUGAGAAGGACGAGUACAGCGGAACGUGGGAAGUUGUCAGCGGCGAAUGAGCAGAAUGGGGAGAGACGGGAAGUGCAGAGCGCGACGGUGAGUCCCGGAUUGGGACCGACUACUGUCGAGGUUUAUGAUACCUCUAUUUCUUCUAGAACUGGAAACGCUAUCAAGGAGCAAAGGUCACUUUCACCCAACGUGCAGCCGGCUUGUUUCUAUCCCAUCAACUGGAGCAGCUGCCCUUCGAGAGAUAAUGAUGAUAGUAACGCAGGGGAUCGCAUCUCCGUCCCUGGUGCGGUGUUGGUGCCCGUUGACUCCGAUGCCACAAAUCGUGAUCCCCAGGAAGGUGCACCCACUAAUAGUUGUCAACUUCAUAAUCACUGCCUUAAUCGCACAGAUUCCGAGUGGUGGUUCAAGGACCCCACGAUUUUCUUGCUCAAUGUCAAUCUCAUAAAACUACUCGAGUUGAGGGAGGAGAUGGAAAGACUAAAUGAACAACGGAGUGUGGAUCGACCGCAUUCUGCAUAUGAAAGAAGGGGAAGGGAGGCGUCACUGCACUCUUCCCACUCCAUUAUGCUCGCCGGCAUGCUCGAAAAACUGGAGUCUAUUCAGUUCCAAAUAGCAUACUCUAUUUUGGACAUCAAAAACGUGUUGUUAAAGCACCAUUUCGCGAAAUGGUCAAAUACGGGGGUUCGAGAUUGUGUUUCGAACGUUGUCUCAGCGUGGGAUGCACACGGGCCAGCCUCUAAGGAAUUUAAGGAAGCAUCCUACAUUCUUCUAGACCUGGUUUCAGCCGAAGAGCGUGGAAGCAUCACAUACACCAACGUUCACCGCAUGUGGAAUGCCCUUGGUACCAGCCGCACCGCAUCGUGUGCCGCUACUGCAUUCUGUUUUGUGUCACUUCUCUGCUUCGUGGUUGUCGCUGCGGCUGGCACACUUCCCGGUUGGGUUUGUGCAGCCGUGGCUUCUAUCGGUGCGCUUCUUAUGGUUUCCGUCGUUACGAUUACGUCGGUACAGCUGCACUACAGCUCCGUUUCCGCACGUGUCUGGGGAUUCAGCCACAAUGAGAUGUUAAAGCGUGUAGAGGCCGUUCAACAAAACCUCUACGAUGGGGGAGAGGGGGCGACGGGCGUGCCCGUUGGAUAUAGUGAUUUAGUUGCAGUGCAAAAAGCACCGGGCAGUAGCUCCACCUGUUUCCAACUGGGCAAGACCAGCUCCCAGGGGCAUAUGUUACCUCAACAAGAUGCACCGCGGGAUGAUUGCGCCAGGGACUGCGGGCCGCUCUCGUCCAGAAAUUCCUUUUACUCGCGUAGCCAGUUAAGGAUACCAAAUGAUACCACUGGGAUCUUACGUAAAGUCCCAUCCAUGUCAAAUGUGAAGUGCUCUUCGGGUGCAAGUAAUGGUGCUAUUAGCAGUGGGAGGAGCGAGAAGCAGGCAGGUUCCUUGAGAGAUUCGUCUCCCUGCCUGCGCAGGGCUGAUCGUCAAGAGAAUGAUUGGUGGAAUCAACCGGCUGGGGGCCGCUGGAAUGAUGAUUCCUUCAAUCGGUGCUCUCCUAUGGAGCGGGUUCCCGUGGGCCAUGCAGACAAUCCAUUGGUUGCCGGUGGCUCUGGGAGGGAGUGGCAAGAGGCAUUGAGUGAACAGAAGAGAGAGUGCGACACUGCCGUUCGGAAGCAAAUUGGUCGUCGUCAAUCCGUUGAUGGUGACAGGGCAGCCGCCAAUGUUCUGGCGGUACCCUCUGAGUUCAAUCACGGAGAAGAGAGGCCCAGACAAUUCCGUGGCGCACAACGCCCCCAAUCGAGGGGAGUAGACAGUGAAGUAGAGCGAAUGUUGCGCGACGCCGCCUCCAAGGCCGCUUUAAAUUCGGCAUACGUUGCCCCUAUGAACAUUUUUUCCGAUGAAGCGUCACCAGGUUCUUCGCUGCUUCUUACGUCGGCUACGGGUAUGCAGGGCAACCUCCUCGGCACAGGCUCCGAUGGACUUCCUAUUACUGCAUUCGUGUACUGCCUGGACGAUGUGGUUGCCAGCACACUUUUGGCCAACCUCUGGAAUCGGAGCAUUUAUGUAAUGCAGCGAAGCGGGCUAGAGGAUAUCGAUAUGACAUAUAAAUCCUGUGCAGUACAGACCAAGGUAAUUCUUGUACACGCUCCAGAUGUGGAUGGCGCGCAUUUGGACGUCGUGCUAUCGUGGAUGAAGGGAGGUGAGCGUUUAGUGUUCUUUUUUGCCUCGUCGUCGGAGUUUAUUCCUUCAUGUAUUCCUAAAGCGUCGCAGUUAGUGCUUCCACUAACAUCCCACGACAUUGGACGGCUCUUUUCCUCCUCUCUCACGGAUGAGAUGGCCUCAAAGAGUUUGUUUGGUCUCUCUCGUAAUCUUCAGAUUCCCUCUUACACGUUGGGGCGUCGGUUAGGCGGUGGGGCGUUUGGUGCCGUCUUUGAGGCGACGAUGGACGAUCUCAACGGGCGCUGCGCCGUGAAGGUAAUGUGUCUUCGUGGGAAUAAGCGUGACAACGGUGCUCGUAAUAACGGUAAGGGUGUUCGGAUGCCAGAGGUUGUGCGGGAGAUUGAGGUCAUGCGUAUGUUGAACCACCCAAACCUUGUGCGAUACCUUUUCUGCAAUUGGGACGGCAAAUGUGUGUCUAUAUUCAUGGAAUUGUGCCCUGGUGGGACGCUGAGUGAUGCCAUUACCAAUGGGGACAUACAGGGAGCGGAUCAUAUUAUUAGUAUACUUCGUGAUGUCAUCAACGGUGUGGUGUACCUGCACGAUCAUCACAUCACCCAUCGCGACCUUAAACCGGAAAACAUACUAUUCCGUGACGGCCGUGCGAAGGUGUCUGACUUCGGUACAGCUGUUCAAAGAGAUUCGGGGCUAAAAAAUACGCGAGGAACUCUUGCGUACAUGGCGCCGGAAGUGCUCCUCGGUGAGCCGUAUGGCAAGGCAUGUGAUGUGUGGUCUAUUGGUUGUAUUGUUGCCGAGGCCUUAGGUAUUUCAACUAACUGCAGCAACAAAUGUGCUGCUCAAGACGCUCAGCAUCAGAAACAACAGCGGCCUGUAACCGAUCAGCAGUUCUCACCAACAAAUCAGGGACUGGCGGAGUUGUGUGAGAGGUAUCGCACGAUGGAUGAAAGGGAAACACGUGUGUUCGACUGUGAUGAUCCAACUGUAUGUGAUUUUCUUCAGCAUUGCCUGCACCGUAACCCGGAGAAACGGCCCAGUCCAAAGGAGUUGCUGGAGCAUCCCCUUUUGAAUGCCCGGUGUGGCUCAGCUGUUUGGGAGUGGGUGGAGUCCGUAAUUGCUCGUCAGCGUGCCAUGCCGCUUCGCCGCAGGACCUCCACCGUUAUUUUGACUUCCGUGGCUGUAAAUAAAGGUGCCGGAAUUGGCCGUGAUGAUGAUACCGAUGGGGCGGAUGGAAUGGGUGGUGGUGAAGGUGGUGGGUUGCAUACCACAUAUAUUUCCCGUGUUGCGUCUAUGAGUGCCGCAUCAUUGCAGUCCAUAAGUGAGGAGGGUCAAAAUAGCGCCUCGUGGGGUACUUCAUUUGGUGAUCAGGGAGUUGUUUAG